GGGGCUUCGGGCACGCAGAGAUCGGCUAGUGUGCGCUCAGGUCCAGACAACUCUCCAGAAUGACCGUCGGCGAGAAGCAGAACCGAAUUAUUCCGCUUUUCGAGCAUCUCACUUCUUUGACAAGAAAGAAGUUGAGUAUAGACGAAAGGGACCCGCGCCUCAAACCCGUAGGAAAGUUGGAAAGAGGAAAGCUGUUCUCCUGUUUCCAUGCCGAACACUUGGCCGAAGCCCAGUACUUAUACGAGACUCUAUAUGCCGCCAAGGACUUCAAUGAUUUCAUCCACUUGUGUGAACAAGCCAGAGAUGUCGUCAAUGAGGGUCUCUUCGUGUUUGCCGCAUCUGUUGCCAUUCUUCAUCGUGACGACUGUCGCGGAGUCACUGUUCCUCCCAUCCAGGAAAUCUUCCCCGACCGCUUCAUCCCUGCCGAGACCAUUAAUCUAGCUCUUAAAGCCGAUCUGAACAGACCCGGAGCAGAUACAAUUCAAAUUGACAUCAAGGAGACUGGCAACAUCUUAGAUCCCGAAUAUAAUCUUGCAUACUUCCGUGAAGAUGUUGAGGUCAAUGCUCACCAUUGGCAUUGGCAUUGCGUCUACCCUGCUACUUGGAGAGCGGACCUCAUGGGCAAAUACAAGGACCGAAAGGGAGAACUUUUCUUCUACAUGCAUCAGCAGAUGUGUGCUAGGUACGAUUGCGAUCGUUUAUCAGUAGGUCUGCGAAGAAUGACACCUUUCCACAACUUCGAAGAAGAGCUAGAAGGCUACUCACCCCAUUUGACUUCCCUUAUCAGUGGUUUGAAUUAUGCCAGUCGUCCUUCAGGACUAGCUAUGAGAGAUCUCAAAGAAGUAGCUGUGCAAGAUAUGGAACGUUGGAGAGACAGGAUUCUCGACUCUAUUCAUUUGGGAACCAUUAUAGACGAUGAAGGUAAUGAAAUCCCUCUGGAUGCUCAACACGGAAUCGAUAUUUUAGGAGACUUAAUGGAAUCCAGCGAAGAAUCUAAGAAUCGUGAUUACUACGGAAGUUUACACAACUGGGGACACGUCAUGAUGGCUCGGCUCCACGAUCCCGACGGCAGAUUCAAGGAGAAUCCGGGCGUAAUGAGCGACACUUCCACCUCUCUGCGGGAUCCUAUUUUCUACAGGUGGCAUAGAUUCAUCGACAAUAUUUUCCAGGAAUACAAAGAGACUUUGCCUUCAUACACCAAAGACGAGUUGAGCUUCCCAGACGUGGAAGUUGUCAAUGCCACAGUUAACUCCAAGGUUCCGAACGUCGUCAACACAUUUAUCAAAGAGGACUUGUUGGAGUUAUCUUACGGAAUAAAUUUAAAAGGAUCUGUCAAGGUACGACAUCAACAUUUGGAUCACGAUCCCUUCUCUUACACUAUCAACGUUGAGAAUAAGUCAGGAAACAUUAAACAUGCCACUGUCCGCAUCUUCUUGGGCCCUAAACACGAUGAACUGGGUAACCGCCUGACUCUGAACACACAGCGCCGAUUUUUCAUCGAGUUGGAUAAGUUCCACAGCGAAUUACAACCCGGAAAAAAUACCAUCAUGCGAAAGUCAACUGAAUCCAGCGUCACUAUUUCCCACGUUCCCACAGUAGAAGAACUAAAGAAGGGAGAAGGCAUAUCCGAAGACAGUACUGAGUUCUGCAGUUGUGGAUGGCCUCAACAUAUGUUAAUUCCUCGAGGAAACCACAAGGGCAUGGACUUCCAAUUGAUUGUAAUCCUAACUGACUACGAACUUGAUAACGUGGGAGGCUUGAACAAUCAUGCAAUCUGUUCAGAUGCAGUCAGCUAUUGCGGUGCUAAAGACGACAAAUACCCCGACAAGAAACCCAUGGGCUUCCCCUUCGACCGUACUAUCAAAUCUCGCACCAUCGCCGAUUUCAUCACUCAUAACAUGACCUACACCGAUGUGGUCAUUCAAUUCAAAGAACACUAAAUUUCUCUUUCCCGCACUAUAAAUGUAAUAAAGAUUUAAUAAAGUUUUCCGAAUUCUAA